GGGCGCUUGGCGUCGCGUCUGUUUUCUGUAGCCACUCACACGUCUUUGCCUACAAGUCGAGCUCAGCCUCGGGUGGCCUACGUGCUCUCCACGACAGAAUGAGCGUAUACGCGAGCGAGUCUGAGCUCUCAUACAUGUCCAGUACGAGGUCGUACGCGACGGGCAUCGACACUGAAGCCGACGAGGAUCUCGAGGACGACGCGUCGCCUGCCCCCGCACCCGCCCCGUCCCCCGCACGCUCCAGCCACUACGCUUCCCGCCGCCGCCCUGAGCCUCCCGCAGACGACGACUACGACGAUGCACCCGGUGCCGCCCCCGCCGACGUGCCGUUCGGGUUCUCCGCGCGCACCGCGUUCGACGCCUACUUUGAGCACGCGUCCCGGCCCGCACGCACGUCCGCCACCGUGUUCUCGCAGCUCCUCGCGCCGCUCACGCCUGCCGAGUACGCCGCCGCGCUCGCCCGCGCCCGCGCCCCCGCGUCAGACGCACUCUCGAACUGUGGGCCGCUGUGGGAGAAUGGCCCGGUCGGGGUGCAGAGGAAGGUGUUUGCGCGGUGGGCGGUGGAGCUCGGCGAGGGGUUCAAUUUGCUGUUUUAUGGGUAUGGAUCGAAGAGGAGGGUGUUGAAUGUGUUUGGGACCGAGGUCGCGAGGGGGAGGGUGAGGGUGGGGCCGCGUGUGGGAGGGCAGAGGGAGAGGGGAGGACGGGGGAGGACGCAUGUGCUGGUGUGUAAUGGGUUUCAGCCUGGGUUUGCGCUGAAGGAUUUGUUGGGCGCCGUCGAGGCGAUCCCGGCGUUGGAAGAGGCGCUGGAGGAGGUGGGCGCUGGUGCUGGGAAGGGGACGAGCGUGGAGGCGCAGACGCAGCGCGUGUACGACGUCUUUUCGAGAGAGGGCAAAGAGGAGCGCUUGCUCCUCGUUAUACAUAACAUUGAUGGCCCGGGGCUGAGGGGCGCGAAGGCGAAGGCGGCGCUCGCAUUGCUCGCGCUGGCGUCGCGCAUCCAUAUCGUCGCGUCGGUCGACCAUAUCGCGGCCCCCACACGAUGGACACUCUCGGAGCUGUUUGCACGCAAGGACCUGCCGUUCCGUGCCCGGCCACAGGCGUCAUCAAGCAACGUGAAGGGGAAAGGAAAAGGAAAAGCCAAGGACACAAGACGACAAAAUACCGAUGGAAACGACCUGCCCACAUCCGGUUCACAUCCUACGAUACCUAGGAGAGGGUUCGCAUGGCUCUGGCACGACCUCACGACCCUCGCACCAUACGACCUCGAGCUCGCCUCCGCCGACCCCUCCUCACUCUCCGGCGCCUCCUUCUUCUCCUCCUCCUCGCGGCGCACCCAGCCCACCGCACCCGGCGCCCCUGGUGCCUCUCGCGCACAGAUCGUCACAGAAAGCGCAGCGCGGCACGUCCUAGCGAGCGUCACGCAGAAGGCGCGCAAGUUGUUCGUCCUCCUCGGCGGGAAGCAGCUCGAGCUCAUGGAGGCGCCCGGCGCGGGCGGCGUUGAGGGGGCGGCCUCCGCGGCGUAUGACUAUGAUAGGCUGUUUGCGGCGGCGCGGGAUGAGUUUGUGGCGACGAGUGAUACGGCGUUGCGUGCGCUCUUGGGGGAGUUUAGGGACCAUGGGUUGGUGGUGAGUGUUGCUGCUGCUGGAGGAGGAGCGGGAGGCGGGGGAGAGGCGCUGUGGAUUCCGAUGAGGCGGGAUGCCUUGGGCAAGAUCGUUGCGGAACUGCAGGCAGAGGGGAUAUGAGGUACUGCGGGCAGAGGGGUGAAUUGAUGCGUACUUCUACUCAUACGUCGGCAGGGGCAUUACUUUUGCUCAUGCGUAGGUAGGGACAUUGUAGUCGGUGUGAAUGAAAAUACGACGGAUCUGCGAUAUCUGCCUUGAGUUAGGGCCCUUGCGUCUUGCUGGUAUUUAUGUAGGCCGAGCACAGUACAAUACCUUGAUCACCCACGAAUCUGUCGUCUGGAACGUCAUCAAUUAUGUACAGAUACAUACAUCCAGUCAAGUACUAUCAGCCCUUAGCGAAGUAAUGAGUUUAUGCCGCCG